UGUUUAGAUGUUUAGACAAUCAAGUCCUUCGUGCAGCGCGCGGUUUAGCAAGCUUGAUUUCAAACACAGGUAAUAAUUAUCAGCGUGCGGAUUGAAAUUCUUCCUUCCAUGCUUUCAGUCCAUCUCUGUGUAUCCUCGAGUUGGUCUCGGGUGUUAUUACUAAACUGAAUAUUCGCGACAUAGCGUCAGCUAUGGACGAGACAAUUUUUUCUUCGGAGAAAAGAUUGAAAUAUUUACUUCGUACAAAACCUGUGAAUAUCGAAUUCCAGGAAUUAAGUUAUAGUGUCCCAAAUGGCAGAAAAUCUUCAAAACUCAUCCUCAAAAGCAUCAGUGGCAAGUUUCUAUCAGGUCAAGUGACAGCUAUAUUAGGUCCUUCAGGAUCAGGAAAAUCGACUCUUCUGAAUAUUCUCGCUGGAUUUAAGACAGAUGGAGCCACGGGCAAUAUAUUAAUAAAUGGAGAUAAGAGAAAAUUGGAUAAAUUCAUGAAGACAUCAAGAUAUAUUAUGCAGGAUGACUAUGUUCAAGAGUUUUUAACUGUACAGGAGUCUAUGACAAUUGCUGCCAAUUUAAAGUUGGGUUCCUAUGAAACCAGAGAAAACAAAGAAAAUAUGAUCAAUGAAAUAUUGGAUUUAUUGAAUCUAACCAGGUCAAAAACUACUCGAGCAAAAAAACUAUCCGGAGGUGAACGAAAAAGAUUAUCUGUGGCCUUGGAAAUGUUGAACAACCCACCUGUGAUUUUUUUGGAUGAACCUACUACUGGUUUGGAUGACGUAGCAUGUUCACAAUGUAUAGGACUAUUGAAAUUACUAGCUUUAGGAGGAAGGACCGUAAUAUGUUCCUUGCAUACACCAAGUGCGAAACUAUUCUCAAUUUUUGACAAUACUUACAUUCUAAGUGAAGGACAAUGUGUCUAUCAAGGAUACGGACCGUCAAUAGUGCCAUAUCUUGGAAAUAUUGGACUUGUAUGUCCCCUAUCAUACAAUCCUGCUGAUUUCAUACUCGAAGUCUGUAAUAAAGAAUAUGGAGAUUUCCAGAAAAAACUAGUCACAACGAGUGAAAAUGGAAUGAAUUCAAGCUACGCCAAAGAUAUAUCUGAUACAUCGGAUCAGACAAAACAAGAAUCAAUCAAAGAAAUAAAUGUUGAAAUUCAGAAUUCCAACUAUGCUAAAAUGGAAAAUAUGGGAUCAACAUUUUUGGAACAGAUUUUCAUUCUUACAAUGAGGAUAUGGGUGCAAAUUUGGAGGGAUAAGAGUGGUAUUCUAUUGAGAACGGGCAUAACUUUAUUUAUUGGAACUCUAAUAGCCAAUAUGUACAAGGGAAUGGGAAAUGAUGGAUCAAAAACUCUCUUUAAUUUCGGGUUCUUCUACUCUUGCAUUAUUUUCUUCAUGUACGUUCCAAUGAUGCCUUUCUUAGUCUGGGUUCCCCUAGAGAUUAAGGUACUCAAGAGGGAAUAUUUGAAUAGAUGGUACGGACUAGGAUCAUACUAUUUGGCACUAACAAUAGCCAAUAUUCCUAUCCAGAUGGUUUUGACAUUUUUAUACGUCGCACUGACCUACACAACAACAUCACAACCUCUGGACCCAGACAGAAUAGUCUUAUUUUAUGUUAUUUGUGUUUUAACUGCCAUGGUUGCAGAGAGCUACGGUAUAAUAGUUGGUGUUAUUUUCAAUAUUGUGAACGCUCUAUUUCUUGGAACGAUUUCCAAAGUACCGUUGAUGCUGCUGGCAACCUAUGGUUUUGGAUCCGGGUCUGAGAACAUACCUGGAUGGAUCCGCUUCUCCAUGUACUUCGACUAUCUCCGGUACUCCAUGGAAGGCUUGAUGGGCACCAUGUUGAGAAACAGAGAAACAAUACCUUGUCCAGAAGAUGAAGAUUGGUGUCUUUACACUGACGUCAGUUAUUUCCUUAGAAACAUGGGGAUGGAGAAUUGCAUUGUAUGGGUGGAUGUACUAGCUCUAGUGUUUUUCUUGUUGCUCUUCAAGAGCGUAGGUUUCUACCUUUUGAAGCAGAGACUGAAGCCUAAUAAGUAUGCCAAAGCCAUAUACGUGGUGGCGAAGAUAGUCAAAUCUUAUUUUGGUCCAUGAGAGAUUUCAUUUAGAGGGUGAUUGGUGAAGCACUCCACUCAAUAUUUUAGUGGGCAUGAGUUUUUCUUGGAAACGCCAAAAGAAGGUCAAUUUUCAAUUGGAGGGGGCAUCUAAAGACUGCAAAUUCCUGGGUUUUUACUACCAAUGGGUAUCAAGUGAAGGUUUUGCAAUUUCAUUUAUAAAUCCGCUAGAGCAUUUCUGGUUAGCUUCCGUUUUGGCUUGACUGGCUUGAGGAAUGAAGUUUCAUCUAAAAUGUUACUGCAUUCAAGAGAAAAUUAUAAACCAAGAUACAAUGACUGUUUAGAAAUGAACACUAGGUUAUUCCAAUGAGUUAUUAUACCAAAACUUACGCCAAACAGAAAUUUAUCAGGAUACCUCUUCUUAAAUAGACCAAUUGCAAAAACUCAAAAAUGCUGUGUCUCCAAUGAAAAUUAGCGUUUUCCGGAAAAAAAACUUACUGAAGGCCGUUAUAUUAUGUAGGCCACACUGUAUAACAAAAUGUCUUCUUAGAUACCAUCAUUCAAUCCAACUGCAUUAGUUUAGUGGUUUUGAUAUAUGUUCAAAUUGUAAAUAAAUUUUCAUCGAUAUGAUUCGAUGUUAAUAGACUCAGCUGUGAAUUUCUAGUUGAUAGAUAUUUAGUUGGUAACCAAAGUAAUGUUAUUCUAUUGAAUUAUUUCUUGUGUAAUACAUUUUUUGCACGACCCAAAUAUAAUAAGCUAUUUUACUCCUUCAAAAGUAGGGGUAAAGUAAGUUAUUUACAAAAUA